AGCAGCGUAGCGACGCCUUACCAAACUAAGCACAAAGAAAGUUUAUAUAAAACUCACCUUCAUCUUCCAGUCCAAAUUUAUCGAAUAACAGAGAUGGAGGGUCUCGCGUCCGUGCAUGAUCUCCAGGCGCUGUCCGCUCUUCUCUCCCCAAACCAUGAAGAUGAGGAAGAAGAUCUCCAGCAAGUGAAGCCCAUGGCGAGGAUGGGCCCGGGACAUAUCGGCUCUCCUGCUGCACUUUCGGAAAAAAAGACCAAAGAGGGUAGCACUGCCUAUGUGAAGAAGAACAGCAAAAACAUCUGGGAUGAGGAUGAAGUGACUGAGGGAGCACAUUUUGAUGACCUCACCGACCCACGGCCACAGCCAGAGUACGAGAUUGUGCUGAAACAGUCUGUUGGGACUGAAGAUUUGUUUCUUGGCUUGAGCAGAAAGGACCCCUCAUCCAUGUGUUGUGACAGCAUGCUGGUAAGAGUUAAACUGCCAGAUACAAAAGCAUCGGAUUUGGUGCUGGAUGUGAGAGAGACAUUUCUUGAUCUCAGAACUCCAAAGUAUAAGUUGGGCCUUCACCUGCCUCACCCAGUGCACAAACAGGAGGGGAAUGCCAGAUUCAUUGUGGAGAGAGAAGAACUGGAGAUCACACUGCCCAUGAACAGACCAAUGGACUGCAUCAACCUGACCUGAGAGAAACACAGAGAGAGAGUGACUGAACCAUGAGCUGCAUCAGUUCAGAAUAGACAGUGUGGACAACUUCUACAGAUACAGUUCUGCAGCCUUUCACUGACAGUCUUGAAUCCAACCCAUGAAACAUGACCCAUGAGUUACCUCACUUAUCAAUUAACACUAGAACCAGGAAACAAACACGAAAUGUUUCCAAAUCAAGUCAAUCCAAGUGGAAAGGAAC